AUGUCGGAAGCUCACAACCCGCCUCUCAACUACGAACCAUCGGCCAGCGCAACACACCGUGUCUACUCGUCCAUUCUCCCACCAGAAGUAUCACAAUGCCUCCAGAACUCCCGAUUCCUCCAUCUGGCGACGAUAUCUGCCACCGAAACUGAUCCACCGACGCCGUACGUGUCGCUGAUGAACUACACCUUUCUUCCUUCCUACCGUGAAGAUGGGCCCGUCAUUAUUAUGACCACCAACGCUCAGUCAAUCAAGGCACAGAACCUGCUACACAAUCCUAAAGUCUCACUCUUGGUUCAUGACUGGGUUUCACACCGGCCGCCAACUGCAAGUUCGGUUGCGGGCGCACGAUCAGGCAGUCCUCCCGCGGCCGCCACUCGGUCGAGUUUGGCCAGCCUGCUUUUCAAUUUGAACACUUCGGCGUUGAGUUCCAUAUCCACCACAAUUGCGGGCGAGGCCAGGUUUCUAGAGCAUGGAAGUGAAGAAGAGAAGUGGUGCAAGGAGGCCCAUCUCGCCAACAACACAUUUGGCGAUCAAGCCAGAGGAGAGGACGGAAUGUUUGGGGAGGCGCUCAAUCCCGACGGAAAUAGCAGUUCUUAUAUUGCAGGCGAUGAUGUGAGGGUUGUGUUGGUACCAGUCCGUGAAGGAAGAACAGCGGAUUGGAAGGGAGGUGUCAAGGAUUGGGGUUUGGUAGACGUCGAUUCCCCAUCUGCCGCCCCCAUUGAUACUGGAAGAGGUCGAAGCAACGGCCAACCCUUGGUCAAUGGGAUUAUUGAUUGA